AAAGUUUGCACGAUUUUCACAAGAGAUUGGCUUGGCUUCUUUGGGUACAAGUGACGAAGAAAUAAAGAAAUUAGCCACUUGCUACUUCUUCACCAUUGAAUUUGGUCUCUGUCGACAAGAUAACCAACUGAAAGCUUAUGGUGCCGGUUUGCUCUCAUCUGUUGCUGAACUACAGCAUGCUUUAAGUGACAAAGCUGUGAUUAAACCAUUCAUACCAAUGAAGGUUAUUAACGAAGAAUGCCUUGUUACAACUUUUCAAAACGGAUAUUUCGAAACUUCUUCGUUUGAAGAUGCAACACGUCAAAUGAGAGAAUUUGUACGCACUAUUAAGCGACCAUUCGAUGUUCAUUAUAACCCUUACACACAAAGCAUUGAAAUAAUAAAAACUCCCAAAUCAGUGGCGAAGCUUGUUCAAGAUUUACAAUUUGAACUCACUGCAAUCAACGAAAGCCUUCUUAAAAUAAAUAGAGAAGUUAAAAGUCAACAAUUCACAACUAAUAAAAUCGUAACCGAGGACCGAUCAAGCUAGUAUGAUUCUUGAAAGAACUUCAUUAUCAACUUAGUUAUCAGACGAAAUUACGUUUUUGCUCUAUCAUCAACAUAUUUAUUAAUCAUUUUUACUUCUGUAAGUGCUUUAUCAUGUAUUCAUUUAUUGUUCCGCCUUGAAUUCUCUAACUAUUCGUCGUGUUUCAUCCAUAUAAUAUGCAACGAUUAAUGUUCUCUGCACGCUUGGUAGUAUCAAUAAUAUAUUUGAUGAAGUCCA